AAUCCAAUCACUUAAUUGUAGGUUAUGUUUGUCCCAGUUAAAUUUUUUACUUUAGAAUUUUGUGAUAACAAUUAUUAGCUUUAAUCAAUUUAGUUUAAAAAAUGUAUAGUCAAACUAAUGGAGAUAAUACGAGUGAAGAAAGAAGGUACUUCUUAUCUGUUCUAUCGACGUUUGAAAGCUACGAAGAACAGUCGAUAAUACGAAUCAACCGCAGAGAAAAAUGUUUGCAAUCACUACCUACAGAUCAUCGGUCCUGGCUAACGAGGUACAAAGAAGAUUUGGACGCGUUUAAGCGUUGUGUAUAUAAAAAUGCCGAAUUUAUCCCCAUCAUUGUACAACACGCCUACACAAUCUUCGAUAACGUUCUUUGCAAUGAUAGUUCGUCUCAUUCCGAAACAGACGUGGGCACUCUUUCGGAAGGCCUGGAUAAAGUUCAGUCGGUAUUCAAACAGCUCAUGCGCGAUUGGAGCGCAUUAGGUGCGGCUGAACGAGAACAAUGCUACAAUCCUAUAAUCGAAGAGGUGGAGCUUUAUUUUCCUUCGGACAAGUACACUCUUAGUGAAGUAAAUGUUCUCGUGCCAGGAGCCGGGCUUGGUAGGUUGGCAUUCGAAAUUGCCACAAGAGGAUACUCUUGUCAGGGCAAUGAAUUUAAUCUAUUUAUGUUAAUCGUUUCGUUUUACGUUUUAAAUUUGUGCAAGAAAGUCGAUGAGUUCACAAUUUAUCCUUGGAUUCAUCAGUACUGUAAUAAUUUGACUGCAGAACAACAAAUGACAAGUGUAACAUUUCCUGAUGUUCGCCCGAUGCCGACACCGGAAAGUAAAUUUUCGAUGACCGCCGGCGAUUUCCUGGAGGUGUACACGAAUCCUGACGAGUGGGAUUGUGUCGCGACAUGCUUUUUUAUUGAUUGCGCCGCCAAUGUUGUGCAAUUUAUCGAACUUAUCUAUCACAUUUUGAAACCGGGCGGUAUAUGGAUUAACCUGGGACCGUUGUUAUACCACUAUUCCGAUAUAAAGUACGAGAAAAGUAUCGAACCUAGUUUUCAAGUUUUGUGCGAAGUAAUCCAAAAAGUCGGUUUCGUAAUGGAGAAAAGUCAAACUGGAGUUAAAGCGAGGUAUUGCCAGAAUCCAAUGUCAAUGUUGCAAUAUGAAUAUAACAGUGUUUUCUUUGUCUGUAAGAAACCGGAACUCGUGUCCAGUGAUAGUAAUAAAGAUGUACAAAACUGACCUUA